UCACUUGGUAUCCUUCUUUUUGGCUUCGCUGCUGUAUGUUCAAAGUUUCAAUUUCUUUUUUAAUCUUCAUUCUUUCCGUGCUGACUAUUUGAACCUUCAAAUUCUCCAGACAGUCGUUCUUUCACCAUGGCAGAUAAGAGUCGCACGCCAAUGAGAAGAAAAGAAAAAAAAGAAAAAGAGACCCCUGAAAAAAAAAAGGAUGUAAAGGAUGUGAAGAAAGAAGCCGAGCAAGGAGCUCCUGCAGUGGGUAAUGGAGAGGGCCCGUCAGCUGAAGCAGGGGCCUCCAAUGGAGCAGCAGCAACCGAUCAGAACGGAGAGUUUCAGGUCGAGGCAAUAGAACUACCUCCUUUUGAAAUCAUCCAUGGGGACCGGAUUGAUCCUUUUGCCUUUAGGUUCCAGUUCAAGAAUGUGGAAUACUCCUCGGGCCGCAACAAGACCUACCUGUGUUACCUGGUGGAUUCUGGGCAGUCUGAUGAUGGGCUGCUGCGGGGUUACCUGGAGGACGAGCACUCCGGCUCCCAUGCUGAAGAAGCCUUCUUCACACAAUGUCUUCCGCACUACGACCCUGCACUCAAAUACACCGUCACCUGGUAUGUGUCUUCAAGUCCAUGCUCUGCUUGUGCAGCAAAGAUCGCUGAAGUGCUGAAGGCCAGGACCAACGUGAAGCUGAGCAUCUUUUCUGCCCGGCUCUUUGAGUGGGAGGAGGCAGAGAUCCAGGCCGGGCUGAAGGCGCUGCAUGCAGCUGGGUGUAAGCUGCGGGUGAUGAAGCCUCUAGACUUCUCCUACACCUGGGAAACAUUUGUGGAGAAUGAGGAGCAACCGCUGAACCUGUGGGAGGACUGCAAAGAAAACUAUGAGUACUACCACGAGAAGCUGGCGGACAUUCUACAGUGACCACAGUAAAUGUUCAUUUACAAGGAAUCUGGUCGUCAAUUUGUGCUCCCCCGAUCAUUGUCAUUCUUUACAGCUGUUUCAUGUUGAUGUUGUUAUUGUUGCUAUUUAUAGUAUGUGAGAGUAGAAUAGCUGUGUUUCUAUUAAUGUGAUGACAUUGCUGGAGUAUGUUUAUACUAACACCCCCCCACACACACACAACAUAUGACAGCAAUCCCUGCACCUGGCCUCCACUCUGACUGUCCUGAAGGCAGCACGUCCAGCACCCUGAGGACCAGAGGGACAGCUGUCAGUGUGUUGUCCUAUAUAGGGACAUAGAUCUGACAAUAAUUAUAUUUGUGAAUUCAAUUCAUUUUAAAGUCUUCAUUCUUCUUGUUCCGCCAGUGGACGAAGUGCUUGGAUAAAAACGGCUGUAGAAACUUGAUUACAGGUGCAUUUCCUUCAUUCUAAUUGUGCUGAUGUGUAUUGUUUACAACAAAUUUAAGUACAAAUACUAGCAUUACAUAUUCUUUACAAUGGCCAAUUUCAGAAAAAUAUUUAUUAUUUUAAAUGAUGCAUUAAAGAUAGGAUGUGUAAUCUCCUCCCAAAACAUGUUGGUUAUAUUGAAAGCAAUGAAUAAAUCAAGGGCUAUGUCAAAAAAGUUCCAAUAUUUGUUGCAGGACUGUAAUUGGUCAUUUAUGUUUUCUCAUUUUGCCUGAAAGGAUAUGAUUUGAUGUCCAUCCUGUCUACCUAAAGCUAAUUAGUGCAAGGUAUACAGUCUGCAGAACUCUAAACACAACUCCUGUUGCUCUGGCAACAGAGAGCACAGUCCUGAGGCCUUCACUGAUCAGCAGAGAGUGCUUCUAUACACCUUGAUUGGUUGUCUUGAACAUGAACGACUUGAACAUGUUAGGGAUGCAUCAUCAGUUACUAUGGCGAUGAACCCUGAGAAUCCACACUAGAAAAAGUGCUGUCCCAAAAACAAGUCAAAAAAUCAUGCAAACAAGGUGUUCUCCCUUGUAAGUAAAAUAAUUCUGCCAAUAGAAGUGAACAUGUGCUUGCUAAGAUGUCUUGAAAUAAAAACGGAUAUUUAGAUGAAUCAGAGCUUGUUAAAAAUGUUGUGUUACAAAGUAAUCCAGAAAUGCUAAAAGUUUUCUGAGGUUAGUUGGACAUUUUCCAAUAAAAAUGUGUUUUCUAAAGUCAAGUAAGAUUUAUUUGUUGGAACAAGAUGAUCCGUCUUUGACAGAUACCACAGCAGCUUAGAGACCUUUUGACAUGUAAAAAACAACGGGAUAGAUCUGAGAUCCAAAAUAAGAUGUUUUCAGAGUCUUUGACUGAAAGAGAUCCUUAAGAUGUAUUGUCUAAAAACAAGAGCCUCCAUCUCACUGCAUUGUUACUGCUUAAGUUAUUGGUCUUAUAGCAAGAGUAAAGAUAUCCUCUGACACAUCAUCAGACACAUUUCUUGUCAAGAUUUGGAGUUUCUGCUGUGCAGGGUUACUGUAUCUCACUCACCAGAUCCUGAGGUAUUUUUCUGUUUGGCAAAUGUUUUGCUCACAGUGUUUUUUGUUAACAGUUUGAAGGGGUAACUGACAAAAGUGAAAGAUGGGUUUGUGUUCAGGAUGUGUGAUUCAUGUAGAAGUGAGCUCCUGCAUCUCGGUGACCUCUGGCUGACCUCGGCAGGUCAGGAAACAGCCGCUCUAAGUGUAGUGUUCACCCCUCUGUUUAUCUGACAUCUAUGUGAGGGACAGACAGCUGGGUCUGACAGUCAUGCAGUUUAAAACUGUUUUAUUACACUGAAGGCUUUGCUCACCACAUCUUGAGGGUCAAAUAAAAAACUGACACAUCAGAAUCAGAAACAGGUUUAUUGCCGGUCGGUCAACACAUACAAGGAUUUUGACCUUGUGUAUUUGGUGCAUACAUAAACACAAUUAAAAAAGAUAAAUAAUAAGAAAAAUAGAAAAUGAUUCAUAAAAUCUGGAAGUACCAAAAAACAACGUACCGUACUCUAUGGGAAAAAUAAAAUAUAUGUGCUAUUGUUAUGAAAAGUGGAAAGCUGCAGAGACUAGAAGAGCUAGCUUGUGUACAAGUGCAAAAUGUUCAGCGGGUUGUGCAGAACUGGCAAUACUUAAAUUAAAUAAAUAAAACCAAGAUAGUGUUUGCAUAGAGUGCACUAAUGGAAUGCACCUGCUUCCAUGGUCCUUUUGUUUUGUAAGACUUGAAUGAAGGUGCCUCAACAGCAAAGAACUGUAUCAUUUAUUUGUUUGUAGUGCUUAUUCCCAUGUCAUUUUGAAAGUAAUCUUACUAUGGAAUCCAACUAACACCAACACUUCUUAGGUUCACUGAGGCUCUGGUGCUGAGCCAGCCUUUCUUUGUUCAGAUCCUAAUAUUAAAUAUGUUAAAUAUACAGUGUGUUUUUUGUGUUCACAUGAUGCUUUAGAGUGCUUCAGAGGAACCUGGAUCAUAAAGCUUUGUGUCAUAGUCUGACUGCUGUCAGAGCAAAAGAUACAUUUAUACAUGUACAUUCAGAAGAGGCUUUUGCUGCCCUUACACCUGUGCAAAAUAAACAACCAGCCUGCAUGGACAGGCAGAUGCUCCUAAGCAAAGCGGUGCUGCUGGGUCAUUUGGAUGUAUUUAAUAAGGUAGCCUUAGAUUCUUGCAAAAUUGUCCCCAUUUUAAAAAUGUAAUUGAAAAACUGUCCAAAUGACUGAGAUGGGCACAUGCAGCACAGUGAGAUGAUACGCGUUGUUAAGACUUGUUGCUAGCUGCAGUGCAGUGUGUCACCCCCAUAUUCCAGCUAACUGUGUCAUGCUCCUCCUCCUCUUUAGUUUGUAUUAUUUAUAUUAGAACAGAACCAUCAUUUCAGGCCCUUGUACUUUUGGCGUUGUUUCAGCCCUUCAGGCUGGUACCAGACAGCAGCUGAUUGGUUGUGAUUUCAUAUGUAGUUGUCAUCAUUUAAAUAUGAUCCAGCCCAGUAAACUAAAUCUAAAUAAUACAUCUAAUUGAACUUUUCUUUUCAGAGAGUUUAUUAUGAUUUUUUUAGUUAAUAAUAAAAUAAAUCAAUGCAGUAUUCUUAAUGAGAGGACUUGUGUUACAGGAACACAGACCCAUGUGUGUGUCAUCCUGACAGUAUCAGGUGGAAAAGGCAUGUCCCUCUCAUAUUUGGUCAAUACGUUUGACUGUGUGUGUAGAGGAUUGUGUGAGUGAGCUGUACACAGGAAGACAGUGCCCUCAACAGAUUACCUGUGACUUCCAUGUCAACCUAAUCCCCUCUCCACUAAUGCUCAUAACUUUGUUUUGAAAGAAAGUCUCAUUCUCUUUAUUUCAGGCAUAGACAUUCAGUACAGAGAAAGUGUUGUUUCCUUUGAGCUGACGAGCAUUAUAGAUCUUCUCAUUUUAUCUGCAGGGCAAAAUAACAAAUAAACCAUCACCAACUGUUCGCAUAUACACAGCACACACACUAAGAAUGUACACUGUAUUUAACCCAUCUUAAUUUAAAUCUCACUGUAUAAAAGCCAUGUAACCUGAUUACUUUCUGUAAAAAAAAGCAUGAUAUUUAACUCAAAGCUUUAUUAUUUUUCUUAAAGGUUUUAGUUAUCUUGUAAUCCUGCUAGCAUUCCUUUUUUUAUUUGAAGUGUUUUUUCUAAUGUGACUGGGGGAUUCAGCUACCUUUUUUCCCUUUUUAUUCUGAUCACGUAAUCAUUGAAAUGUAAAGAACCAUUAAAAGAGAACAUUUAGAAAAAUAACUGGGGAUAUCAACCAAUAAACUAAGUUAGCCGAUCCCCUGUUUCCACAUGUGCUGCUGAAGGUAAAGGUGGGCUUAGAAUGUGUUUCACAAACAAGCCGAGGCUAGCACUGUCAGAGAGGAUGCUCCAUCCUAAAGCUAGAUCUCCCCUCACAGAGCUGAUGAAAGGAAACUGUGUGCAUAUGCUGUCAAUGUUGAAAUAAAAAGUACAUUUGUUGA